GCAGGGAUAACUUUUGAGUGAUCGACGGACGCAACAUCGGGGACGUGUUGCGUCACGACUGGACCGAAGUAUUUUACGUAAAUGUCACCUCCCCCUAAACUCUAUUGAGGGGUUUUUUUUAAAGAAAGUUUAUAGGAGGUGAUUGGGAUAGAAGACGCGGCUCAAGGCUUCUGCGAAAUAGUUUUGUUUUGUGGGUUUGGAAGGAUUUAAGGAACAUGGACGCUUUAAAGUCGGCGGGACGAGCGAUUAUAAGAAGUCCCAGCAUCGCCAAACAAGGCUGGGGAAGUAGCAAACACAAAAAGCUGCCAGAAAACUGGACUGAUACUCGAGAAUCACUCCAGGAAGGAAUGAUAUUUAACCUCAAGUAUUUGGGUAUGACUCUCGUGGAACAACCAAAGGGAGAAGAUAUGUCAUCUGCUGCUGUCCGAAGGAUUGUUGCUAUGGCCAAAGCAAGUGGGAAAAAAUUUCAGAAAGUCUCAUUGACCGUGUCACCACGAGGAAUAAUUCUGCAUGAUGGUACAAGUAAUGAACUAAUAGAGAACGUCUCCAUCUACAGGAUAUCCUAUUGCACGGCAGACAAAGUGCAUGAUAAAGUUUUUGCCUAUAUUGCCCAGAGCCAGUUAAAUGAGACAUUGGAAUGCCAUGCCUUCCUGUGUACAAAGAGAAAACUGGCUCAAGCAGUGACGUUAACAGUGGCUCAGGCUUUCAAAAUAGCUUUUGAGUUCUGGCAAGCUGCCAAAGAAGAGAGAGGGAAAAGGGCAACAGUUGGGCCAUCCAACAGUGGAGCUACUGGUAAAUCCAUAUCGGAAGUCCCUACCAAUAGCCACCUCAAAACAGUAGCUACAGCAAAUUUGUUGGAUUUAACUGAAGGAGCAAUAUCUUCAUUAUCGACAAACCAUAGACAUGACCUCUCUAUUGCAGACACAAACUGUUUAGUAAACAACAAUGUUGUAAUGGAACUAAAUGAUGACCUGGAUGAAGCUUUUGCAAGACUGGCUCAGUCUCGAACAAACCCUCAGCUUCUGGACAUUGGGGUGAGCCCUCAGGACAUGCAGACAGAAGAAUGUCUAUCUCCUUCAGACUGGGAGAAAAGCGAUCCUGGAGUCACAGAUAAAGAUGACUUGUUUGGGUUCUGAUAACUCAAGAGCCAUAGAGAAUAGACAGCUUUGCCUACAAAAGAGGAACUGACUACUGGGCGAAACCUAGCACCGUCUGGUAUUAGGAUGCAUUACAUGGAGGCUGGUUCAAGAAUGGAACUUUGAUUUGAGUGGCUGUGGUGUACCAUGAGUGAAACAGAGGAUUAAUUAUGUCUGCUGUUGUAGUGUUGCCUUUUAGGAGGUCCAGUCCAAAGCGAGCAAAUAAAUAGCUUUGACCUAAAACUCAUUCAGGCUUGUAGACCCGACCAACAAUGCAUAGUUGAGCCUUAGUUGGCUGUCAGUUAGGCACUGAGCUGCCUGUUCAUUUGGACAGAAGGUGUUAAUGGAAAUAAAUCCAAAUAAAUAAGUGCUACGAGUUUAUAUCUAUAUAUCAAAUUCAGUUUGUGUUAAAUAUAAUAAAAUGUCUUUUUUUUAAAUCCUCCUUCCUAAAUGAACGAGCAGCUUAUUCUGUCUUCAGCAUCUGCUGUUGUCAUCCUAACAACCUAAGUGACUCUUUUAAUUUGCUGUGUAAGCGCAUAGAUGAAUACCCUCAAUUGUCGCCUGGUAGAAUUGCAAUCUGAAACAUUAGAUGUAAACGUUGUUAUGUUAAAUGUGGGAAUAUGUAUAAACCAUAUUUAGCUUGGUCUUUUGUGUUCCAUAAGGAAUCUAUUAUUAUAACUAGUGGUAAUGCAUUUUAAAUCCAUCUCAUUUCAACAACCUGAUUGCCUUAAUUUCACCUGGGUAUUUUGGUGGAAAGUCUUGGAGGAUAAAAAUAGGGCUACUUCUACAUUUUUUUUUUACCGGAAUAAAUAGAUUCUGAUUUUUUUUUUUUAACUUAAGUGAGAUGAUCCAAAAGCUUGAGUUGACAUCCGGUGGAUGCAUUUACUGAAGAUGUUAAUAUAAAACAGGAGCAAAAUUUCAAAGAUGGCACCAAAUGUAAUGCGAUGUACCCCUGUUAAUUUGUGUGGGAAAUCUGUUGCACAUCUACUUUAUUGACUGAAAAGGAGUACAAAGUAUAAUAUACAAAGGGCAGAAAUUUUUGCUCAGUGGGGGCUCGAGUGUGAAAUGCGCAUUGAUGUCAGCUGAGCAUCCUGACGUCAAUACGCGGUAGCUCAGUCGGCGGGCACACUGGACUCGGUAGUGCGCCCACCGACAAUUGAAAGGCCUGCUAAGGCCAUUAAGUUAUCAAUUAAAUUAAAUUUUUUGCUGCCUGUCCAACCUUGCAGCUGGCGGGCAAGCGCAAGGGCCAAGCAGCUUUUGCAUCUUUUUGGAAACCACAUCCAUGGCAGAGGUUUCCAAAAAGCAAAUAAAAAUAAAAUAAAAACUUUAAUUUUUCAUUAAUAACAUGUCCCUGUUCAUGCGGCAGAGUUACAUGAGGGGACUUGUUUCAUUACGUUUUUAUUUUUAAAUUUUUUUUUAUAUCUCUUCAUCUCCCUGAGGGGUCAAGGAGAUGAUGCAGCGCUCACUCGCGUGCAUGUGGGAAGCUCGUGGCUCUGUGAGCUCGCAGACCCCCCCGCCACCCCCCCCUCGCCACAGGCAGCACUCAGUGUGGCUGUUGGUGUUUCACGCUGGUCGGGCCUUAAUUGACCUGCCAGUAUGAAAUUGCGCUGAGUGUGGGCAGCGGUCAGCUUCCCCUCCGUCCCUGCUGAACCUGUCCGCCAAGGGCAAAAUUCUGCCCAAAGAGUUAUUUUAAAAAUCACUUUAUAUUUACAAGCAGUUUUGCAGUACUGUUGAGCUUUAAGGGUGAGUGACACACUCCAUACGUCCUAGUAGGCAAAUAUAAUCAACUCGCAUUUGCAAUGGCGAGUAUAGAGUAUAUAAGAAUCCAAAUAAUUUUAAAAUGCUGUCAGGCACUUAAUAGAAGAAGGAAAAAAAUGAUGCUCUACAUUCCCUCUACUUUUCUUCACUUUUCCCUGCAAUUGAUCAGACAGCCCAAAAUUAUUGUUGCUUUGUGCUUUCUGCUCAUCCAACUCUAUCAAUGGGAAAACUGACCAUUGUCAAGUAACUGAACUGGCCAAAAUGGUAACUCGAUCCAAGCUGUCUUUUGUGUAGAAUGAUUUAUCUUAUAACAAUUUGAUAUUCUGUUGUUAUUGUUAACUUAUUAUGCAUGGCAUCUAUUGGAUUACUUAAUGAUGUAAAAUGUAGUUCUCAACUGUACAUUUCUUAUUGAAAGAAUGUUUAUGGAUUAUAUCAGACGGAGCAGUUCAGAGUUGUGUUUGUUAUCCUGUGGAAAUUUUUGUUUGGAAGUUGAUCGCUCACGAUGAAGUUUUAAAUCAAGUGUUUGUAAUACCUGGUAGAGAACUUUGUUUUUAAAUGGUGGCAAUAUUGUUGGCACUUUUAACAAUGUCCAAUAAACGCACUACUGUUAAAA